AUGGAUUCUCAGCGACGCAACAUCUACGCCAACGGCUCCGCUGCUUACAAGGGCCCGGCAAUGCCGACUCACUACAGCGCCGCCAGCCAGAACCACGGUGCUGCAGGCUACCUCCCUCGCGGUGUUCAAGGCAUGGCCCACCACAUGGCCGACACCAACAUGUCAACCUUGGCCAACGGAAUGGGCGGCAUGAGCCUUCACUCCAGCUUCAACUCUUCCGCCGCUAGUAAGAACGGCUCUCAAGUCUCCGCCGCUUCUUCCGAGUAUGGCGGUGUUCCCCUUGCGCAUCACCAAGGUCUAUGGAUCCCCAAUCAACAUGUUCUUUCGGGCAUGUACAAUGUUAUGCCACAGGGUGCUCAACAGCAGACAGGUUUGCCUCAUUCGCCGGGACUGUACACUCCGUACAUGCAGCAGGCCAGCUAUCAGUAUGGCCACCAUGCCAUGGCUGAGAACAGCCCCAUGGGACCGACCUGGGCCAGCCGAGUCUCCUCUGGCGAGAUGCCAGCCUUGAUGACCCCCCGUCGUGACUCGAUCUCCUCAAACGAAAACGACCUCCCAGGAACACCCUAUACUGGCUACGGCGUCUAUCGCAAUGGCGCGACUGUCAUGGACCGUUCUCCGAGUGGCGUCUUCACCCACAGUGCGACUCCUUCGCCUUCCCAGAUGUCGCACUCAUAUGCUCUGGCUCAGAUGGGCAAGGCUCAGCCCUUGACGACUCUGCCGCCCCACCUGAUGAUCCUCCUUCAACAGGAGCCGGCAAUUCCGCGAGCCAUCCCAGCUCCGCAGUCUCCCUUGAAGCCUCUGGACCGUAGCUUGGAGAACAAGAACGGCGAGACCAACGUCUACAUUCGAGGCCUUCUGCCAGAGACCACCGACGAGAUGCUUCAUGCUUGGGGCUCCCGUUUUGGCGAUAUUCAGAGCUCCAAGUCUAUCAUCGACCUGAAGACCAAUCUUUGCAAAGGAUUCGGCUUCAUCAAGUACCACAACUUCGCCGACGCCGAGGACUGCAUCCGCGGCUUCCACUACCUGGGCUACGAAGUCAGCUUCGCUAGGGAGUCUUUCUAUGCUAAGCUCAAGAAGUUCGCUGAUGAGAACAACACGAACCUCUAUGUUUCCAACAUCCCACGCAACAUGAACGAACAUGAGCUCGGUUCGAUCUUUGCUCCCCACAAGGUCUGCUCGAGCAGGAUCCUCCGUGACAGCAGCGGCAAUGGCCGCGGUGUUGGCUUCGCUCGUUUCGAAACCCGCGAGAUUUGUGAGGAGAUCAUCCGCAACUUCAACAACACCCCGGUGUCGAAGCCCGGAGGCGAAGAACACCUCAUCCAGAUCCGCUAUUCGGACACCCACGAGCAGAAGUUGCUCAAGCAGCAGACCGCAGCAGGCCGCCAGUUCAGGGCCGCCGAAUAUGAUAUGGGCGUUGCUGUCGCUCGUCAGACCAUGUUCCCGACUGAGCAGCGAUUCUCCCACCUCUCCGCGACCGAACAAGACGCUGCCAACGAGUUCGAGGUCUUCCUUCAAGCUCAGCAGAAUCAACACCCACAAUCCUACGCUCCGCAGCCGCCUCGCGUCCGCGCCUGGGUGCCUCCCGUCACCUCCAAUCUGGGCAUGCAGCGCUCCACGAUGCAUCCGAUGUCGCAGUCCAGCGUUCCGUCGAUUGUCAAGGUCGAGGGCGAUGGAUCCAGCUCGGAUCACGACGGCGACGCGAAGACCACUCCGGCUACACCGGUCAAGGCGUCCGCCGAAGAUGCCUCCAGCUCUAGCCAUGGAUCUACCCGCCACGACUAG